AGCAUCACAUCAUCCCAAAUGACACUCACACUUCUUUUAGGACUCAACAGAUACUAUUGAAAGAACUUUAGAGAACUGAAUGAUCCAGGUAUCAUAAGAAGAAAAGGAACCAAUUUAAAAUGAAUCUUCCAACAUUUUCACUUCUCGUUGUACUUCUUGCUACAGCAUCUACCAAACCAAUUGAGGAGAAAUGGGAUCAAGAUGCUGACAUCACUGAAAGUAACCAGAAACAAGGAAUACUGGAUGGAGACCACUUGUGGCUUUCUGAGUCAGCUCAGUCACAUGACUCAUUGGAAUACAGAGACGUCUCUGAAAGUGAGUCGUCUGAGGAGUCCUUUGAGCUGUCAUCUGAGGAGCCACUGCUCGAAUCUUCCGAGGAGUCAUCUGAAGAAUCGUCUGAGGAGAGACCUGACAAAUCUUCUGAAGGGUCCUCUGAUGAAUCGCGGGAGGAUUCCUCUGAUGAGUCUUCCGAAGAAUCAUCUGAGGAGGCUUCUGACGAGUCGUCUGAGGAAGUUACUGUCACACAUCCCACCAUGACAACCGCAGACGGCAGAAACACCCCAACGCCCAAACCUGCCACUACAAGCCCAAAUGAGCCAGGGACGACCACACCUGCUGGAGAUGUCACCGUAAGCCGUGGCGUCUCCACAGAGGCUCCCACCACUGAAAGAAGAGGCGACAACUGAAGACAGAGCCCACCAAACCUUAAUGAAUAACUAUCCUAAAAAUGUUAUGUUUGUGGACUGAAAGUUGAUUGGAAUCGUUGUAACAGGAGCCAUUUUUUGUUUCUAAGCAAACAUUUAUUGUGGCAGCCAGCCAAAUCUUUAUAAUAUAGUUGAUAUUGUAUUUAUUUGAACAUUUCAGGGUGGUUAAUAAAUAACUGUGCUAAUGUAUAAAAACAUUUUCGCAUGUACCAUUAGAUACAUACACAUCUAAUAUCCUAUUCAUGAUAUUAUGUUCAAAAAAAAAAAACAAUAUAUUGCAACAAAAAGAUGUCAGAAUGUUCAUUGUGUCACACACACAAUGUCACUUACGUAAUGCAUGUGAUGAACAAAUACAAAUGCACCCGACCGUCUCAGGUACACUUGCACAACAUAAUGAGAGCCAGUACAAGAGUUUUGACAUUGCAAAGACAAUGAUUGGAAAUGUAUGGUGGUGUUGGCUGGCGACCAGCUCACGAUGUACCCCGCCUCUUAACCAAAGUCAGCUGGGGUAGGCGCCAGCACGCCUGCGACCCUUGUGAGGAUAAGAGGGUUCAGAAAAUGGAUGGAUGGAUAUGGCGGUGAAAGGACGGGCGGAGUAACAGAAGGCAGUGUUGGAGAAAUUAUUAGAAGACUUACGCAUCUUUUAACCGCUAAUUUUGAUGACUCCUCAGGAGAAAAGACGGUGACCCAAAAGACACAACUAAAAUCCCCCAAGAAUGGUUUAGAGAAAAAUACUGGAUUUUGUUGAAGAGCCCUGAUAUGAGACCUAUUGAACAUCCAUGGACGGAACUGAAACAAGCAGUUUGGAGAAGACACCGUUUAACCAUAAAACAGCUUGAGCCGUUUGCUUUGACACAUACUUUUAGUAUUUACAGAGACUAACGUGCGUCAAUAAGCUGUAGCCCUACAGUACACUAUACCUCACAAGUGUGUUUAAUGACAGUGGAGGGUGUGUUGUAUUUGUAUUCUUUACUUCCCUUCUGUUGUUUCUACAUGGUGAGUUCUGCGACAUUGACUUGAUGUAAUAAAGUUAACUUUUACUGUUUUCUUUUUUUUUUGUUAUCUUGUGAUAUGCAUGAUUGUUACACAGAAAUCAAAAUACAAAAAAGGCACAAACAUAUCAAAUACUACACUUCAGCUAAGUUAGUAAUUAAUAGCUAUUUUCUUUUUGACGCGAUUUGUAUUGUACAGUACUCAAAUCGUGUAGCUUACUAAACAAAUCCUUAACCAUGAUUCGAACACAAGUAGAUAGAUACAGUGUUCCCUCCCUAUAUCGAGGUUCACCUUUUGCCGCUUCAG